CAGCCGAGCCGAGCCGAGCCAAUCCAUCACCCCGUCCCUCCCCCGAUUUCUAUUUCCCGUUUCCCACCUCAAUCAACUAUUGUCUCGUCUCCUCCCCCUCUCGGUCGGGCGCUCUCUCCUCCUCCUCCUCCUCCCGCGCCCCCUUACCGUCCCACCUCCUCGGUAAUGGCGGCCGCGGCGUGGGCGCUGGUGGUCGCGGCGGCGGCGCUCGCGGCGGGGGCGCGCGGGGCGCCGGGGGCGACGGCGGCGGCGGAGGCGGCCAACGCGGUGCUGCGCGCGCACCAGCUCCCGGGCGGCCUGCUGCCCCGGUGGAUCACGGCGUUCCGGCACGACGCCGCCACGGGCCGCUUCGAGGCCGAGCUGGAGGCGCCCUGCAUCGCGCGCUUCGAGGUCGACCUGCGCUACAACGCCACCGUGGCCGGGGUCAUCAGCAGCGGCCAGAUCGCCUCCAUCUCCGGGGUCGCCGCCAAGGACCUCUUCAUGUGGUUCCGCGUGCAGGACAUCAGGAUCGACGACUCCUCCGCCGGCGUCAUCAUCUUCAACGUCGGCGUCGUCAAGAAGCACUUCCCGCGCGCCGUCUUCGACGCGCCGCCGCCCUGCACGCCCGAACCGCUCACCCGCACCACACCGCAGCGGCUGGAGGACGUCGACGGAGUGCUCACGGGCGGCGCCGCGUCGCAAUGAUGGGACGGGCGAUCCGGCGGCGCCGGCGAGCCGGGACCACCAGAAGCGCAGUUUUGAGAGGAGAUGAUCGCCGGCCGGCCGGCCGGCCUUCUUCCGUGCACAUACAAGAUAGCGUGGGCAUUCCUUCUGUUUUCGCCUACUCCUAGCUAGCGACCAACCAACGCCGUCCGCAUCGUUUCGUCACCUCUGUUCUUGUUGUCGUCCAUGUCCGUGUCCUUUGCGGGCGGAAGCCGGCGGCCACGGAGAAUCCUGCCGAUUUGGCAGGCAGCGACGGGGGAAGGAAGGAUGCUCGCUCGGCCCGGUCGCGUUGCUUGCGCGCCUUCCUUGUUCACCUCCUCAUGCUCCGGCGGCGGCGGCCGUCGGCGAUAUUUUUCGCGGUAAUGGAUGGUUCUUGUACAUUCUCAUGUCCAGGGUCGAAAUCAUAUGAUUGCUUCGAUA